CGCGCUGCUCGCCUCAUGGCUGCAGCGGUCAGCGGGACCGGGAGCGGGGCCGGGACUGGGACCGGGACUGGGACCGGGACCGGGUUUGGGCCAAAGCCGCCGCCGUCCGAGCCCUCCUGCCCGCUCAUCGGCACCCAUGACGGCACUUUCCACUGCGACGAAGUGCUGGCCUGCUACCUGCUGCGCCUCCUGCCCCGCUACCGGGAGGCUGAGGUGCUGCGUACCCGGGACCCUGAGCUCCUGUCCCAGUGUGAGGUGGUGGUGGAUGUGGGGGGGGAAUACGACCCCGAGCGGCACCGCUAUGACCAUCACCAGAGGUCUUUCACACACUCCAUGCACACCCUCCGGCCAGACAAGCCCUGGACCACCAAGCUGAGUAGUGCUGGGCUAGUGUAUUGCCAUUUUGGCUCCCAAAUCCUGGCAGAGCUCCUGGGGGAGCCAGAGGAUGGCCCCGUGGUGACGAUGCUCUACGAUAAGCUCUAUGAGAACUUCCUGGAGGAGAUCGAUGCCGUGGACAAUGGGAUCGCUCAGGGGGAGGGGCGGCCCCGCUAUGCCCUCAGCACCACCCUCAGCACCCGGGUCUCCCACCUCAACCCCCGCUGGAACGACCCCCAGCAGGACCCCGAGGGGGGUUUCAAGCGGGCUCUGGAGCUGGUGGGAAGGGAGUUCCUGGAGAGGGUGGAAUUUUACCACCGGGCGUGGCUGCCGGCCAGGGAGGUGGUGGAGGAGGCUCUGAGGAGACGCUUCGAGGUGGACCCCAGUGGGGCAGUGCUGGAGCUUCCUGGGGGGGGCUGUCCCUGGAAGGAGCAUCUCCUGCAGCUGGAGCAGGAGCUGCAGCUCCCCCAGCCCCUCCUCUUGGUUCUCUUCCCGGAUCCCAGUGGGCAGUGGCGCCUGCAGAGUGUUCCCGUGGGACCUCACAGCUUCCAGAGCCGCCUCCCUCUCCCCGAGCCCUGGCGGGGGCUGCGGGAUGAGACCCUCUCCCAAAUUUUGGGGCUCCCUGGAUGCAUCUUCGUCCACUCCAGCGGCUUCAUCGGGGGACACCGCACCCGGGAGGGGGCCCUGGAGAUGGCAAGGAGGACCCUGGCACAGCACCAAGGGGGGAAGACACAAACCUGAUGCCACCAACCCCCCCUCCCACCUCAACCCCCUCCAUCCACCCCAACAUGGACCCCAAAAAAGGGGGUGGUGGGGUCAGGCUGAGACAGUUCCCACUCAGCGCAUGGAGUGGGACAAAAAAAUCACCCCUGGAGGGGAGUUGAGGGGACA